AUGGGAAACAUGUCCGCAACUAAGUCUUGGGACAGCUCAUCUAUGACCAUGUUCAUCCUUCUGGGAUUUUCAGACCAUCCAGGACUCCAAGUCCCCCUCUUUGCGACCUUCCUGGGCCUCUAUCUCAUGACCCUGGCCUGGAAUCUGGCCCUCAUUCUUCUGAUCAGAGGUGACACCCGACUACACACACCCAUGUACUUCUUCCUCAGCAACCUCUCCUUCACUGAUAUUUGCUACUCUUCUGCAGUGGCUCCCAAGAUGCUCACUGACUUCUUCCGGAAGCAGAAGACCAUAUCAUUCUUGGACUGUGCCACCCAGUUCUUUUUCUUUGUUGGCAUGGGUCUCACCGAGUGCUUCCUCUUGACUGCAAUGGCAUAUGACCGCUAUGCAGCCAUCUAUACCACCAUCACGUCCCAGGGCCUCUGCAUACGCAUGGUGGUUGGGGCUUAUGCUGGUGGUUUCUUAAGCUCCCUGGUCCAGGCCAGCUCCCUAUUUCAGCUUCAUUUCUGUGGACCCAACAUCAUCAACCAUUUCUUCUGUGACCUCCCACCAGUCCUGGCACUUUCUUGCUCUGACACCUUCCUCAGUCAAGUAGUGGAUUUCCUUGUGGCAGUCACCAUGGGGGGCACAUCCUUCCUCAUCCUCCUCAUCUCCUACAGUUACAUAGUGGCUGCCGUUCUGAAGAUCCGCUCAGUGGAAGGCCGAAGGAAAGCCUUCAACACCUGUGCCUCACACCUGAUGGUGGUGACUCUGCUGUUUGGGAUGGCCCUUUUCAUGUACCUGCGACCCAGCUCCAGCUACUCCCUGGGCAGAGACAAGGUAGUGUCUGUGUUCUAUUCGCUAGUGAUUCCCAUGCUGAACCCGCUCAUUUACAGUUUGAGGAACAAAGAGAUCAAAGAAGCCCUGUGGAAGGUGUUGGAGAAGAGGAAGCUGUUUUCCUAA